CAUCUUCUUUUCCGAGAAACAACAAACGAAGUAACAUCAUCGACGAACAUCGCUCUGUUGGCUGAAAUGGCAGAGUAAAAGACCGCCGCUCCCCAGCCGCCAACAACACAGUGCAUCCAGCCAGUGCACUGAGUCACUUCCAAAUCAGAAACAUGUCGUCCUAUCUGGAAACCCUCACUGCUGCUGCAUUCGACAGCAUAAAAGAGUUCGGAACGAUCGUCUCCUCUUCGCACGCGCCGUUCGUGACCAACAACGGCCACUAUGACCACGAUGAUGACAAACUCACAGUUUGGCCUGGAAGACAUGGAGGCCCUUCUCUGGGGACCAUCCUCUCCCAUGGCUGACGCCAUGAGCUUCUUAGCUUCACGCCCUGACCCAGAAGAACAACAGAAAGGAGGGGGAACCUCACUGGAGGGCGACGCUUCCCCCGCGUCGCCCCUCACCUCCUCGUCACUGUCCUCUUCCUCCUCCUCUCCGCCUCCCUUCUACUCUCCGCCUCCCUCGCCGCCAGCCGUCCUCCUCCGGGGGGACAAAGCUGGGAUGGAGUCUGACCUGCUCUCCCUCCCCUGGCUGGGCCACCCUGGUCCGCUGAGACAGGCCGUCUCAGGUGACAGCAAAGAGGAUAUGUUCGGUGACCUGGACUGGAUGGCCGAGAGGGUGGAUCUGUCCGAGUUCGACCUGGACUCUCUGAUUGGCUCAUGCAGUCCGGCUGAGGAGUCCCCGGGCUGUCCGGAAGACCUCCUCUCCUCCCUGGGUUGCCCCAUGGAGCUCGACUCCCUCCCAAUGCCCCGUCUCUCGACUCCCGCUCUCUCGGGUCUCCCCUCUGCUUCUCUAUCUCCCCCGACCCCGCCUCCUCCGGUCAGCUCUGAUCCUUCUGUCAUUACAGUGGAUGAGCCCGAGUCCUACGUCGACGUACAGGACGGUCCCGUCUUCCCCCCGCGUGUCCCCGAGCCGCAACAGGAGCUGGAAAUCAAAUCCGAGCCCGCUACUCCAGACCCCCCCGCCCCCUUGGUUGAUUCUCCCUCCUCCCCAGCCUACACCCUCGACCUGGGCAGUGAGGUGGACAUCACGGAGAGUGAGGUGAAGCCAGUGGUAGCCUCCGUUUUCUCCCAAGUCCAGAGGCUCGUUCUCUCCCUCUCGCCCACCAGCAUCAUCCUGGUCCUGGCUCCCAAAGACGAGAUCGGGAUCACCACCACCGUCGUAACCACCACUUCGCAGAUCGUUCAUUCCUCCAUAAGCAGACCAUACGCAAAGCCCCCACACACAGCCAGCCCACCAUCUCCCAGUGCCCCCAGCGUCAAUGUUGAGCCCCCCCGCGAUGCAGAUGGAGCAGCGAGGGCUACUUUGAAGGCCCCGAAGGCCAAGAAACUGAAGAAGAUGGCGCAGAACAAGACGGCCGCCACGCGCUACCGGCAGAAGAAGAGGGCGGAGCAGGGUUCACUUCUCGACGAGCACGGUCUGCUGGAGAGGAAGAACCUGGAGCUGACGGAGAAGGCGGACUCCUUGGCCCGGGAGAUCGAGUACCUGAAAGAGCUGAUGGAGGAGGUGUGCCAGGCCAAGCGCAAAGGUCUCGGUGCUGACCCCUAGUGGUCAGACCUAACAACAUGUACGGUGUAAAGCAGAAGAAAGAUUUUAUUAAGUAUCAGUAAAGUAUGUGUUAUGUCCACACAGCAAACCUUGGAUCCACAAUUUUCUUCAGAAUACUGCUGUUACUUUUUUAUAUAUAAAACACUGGUAUUAAAUAUAGAAUACUUUUAUCAUGUUUAGAGUGGUUAUAUGGAAACAAGUAUUUUCCAUUCAGUAUAUACACUUGUAUUUUUAUCCAAUGUUGGUUAAAGUUUCUCAUCUCUGGACCUGCCAGUCGGAUGUAUUUUAUGAAUUGUGUAUUGUAGUAUAACCGGACCAUCUGUAUUAAACAUCUCUUAAUAAAGAG